AUGAGUGUCAAAGAUGUAACUGGUAGAUUAGCCCGCUGGUCGUUAUUUAUUCAACAAUUCGAUUUUGAAAUAAAACACCGUCCGGGGAUCGCAAAUGGCAAUGCAGACGGUCUCUCACGUCGCGCUUAUUCUACGCCUAGUACCUUGGCUGCUUUGAAACCUCUUUCAGCCGAGCUUGAACGUAUUCAUGAAAUGCAACGCAAAGAUACCACUUUAGCGCCACUGAUUAAAUACCUUGAAACUAAAACUUUGCCAAACGAAGAAAAUUGUUCACGAACUAUUGUACAUCAAGCAGACCAGUUUCUCUUAGAUGAUCAGGGUAUAUUACAACAUUUGUGGACACCCACCGGCCGAAGUCGAACAGAUACCAAAAUCCAAUUGGUUGUCCCUACUGCAUUACGUUUCGAAAUAUUAAAAUCUUUUCAUGACAAUCCCCUGGGUGGUCAUUUUGGUUCAGAGAAAACGUACGAAAAAAUCCGCACGCACUACUACUGGUCGGGCAUGUUCACAGAUAUACAACAUUGGGUGAGGUCUUGUAUUGAUUGCCAAAUGCGUAAAACACCACGCAAUAAAAUGAAGGCUCCUUUAUUACCUAUUCCAGUAGAGGGGGCAUUUGACCGAGUUGCUGUUGACUGUUUAGGGCCAUACCCGAAUCAUAUUCAGGUAAUCGUUACGUUGUUGUUUUUUCUGAUUACUUGACACGUUGGCCAGAAGCUUUUGCAGUUUCAUCAAUGGAAGCUCCUGUCAUAGCUAAAUUGAUUGUAAAUGAAAUUUUCUGUCGACACGGAGCUCCAAAAACCUUGCUUUCAGACCGCGGCAAGAAUUUUUUAUCAAAAUUAAUCCGAGAGGUUUGCAACUUGUUAUCCAUCAAGAAACUUAAUACGACCGCAUGUCACCCACAAACGGACGGGUUGGUUGAAAGAUUUAAUAGCGUUAUUUCGCAAUCGUUAUCAAUGUAUGUGUCUGCAAAUCAAAAAGAUUGGGAUGAGUUUUUACCAUCAAUACUAUUUGCAUAUAGGACUUCGCCUCAAGCGACAACGGGGGAUUCCCCAUUUUAUCUUCUAUACGGUCGUGAGCCAUGCACGCUUACCUGUUGAUGUAAAUUUACUACCGCCUCAAACUGACAAGCUUUCUACAUCCAUUGCUGAACAUAGGGCUCGUAUUGUUUUGCAAUUAGAGGAAGCGCAGCGGUUAGCCAAAACAAACACGGAACGAACGCAACAACAAAUGAAAGCUCGCUAUGAUUUAACCUCGAAACCCGAGUCCUAUAAAAUUGGACAGCGCGUUUGGGUAUAUACGCCCAAAACUCAGAAAGGGUUGUCAAAUAAAUUAUUUCAUCGUUGGCAUGGUCCUUAUCGUAUUGUAAACAAAUUAUUACCCGUCAAUUUCAAGUUAAGGAAUUCCGCAAAUCGUCUUAUCUCAACACCCGUGCAUGUUAAUCGUAUGAAGCUCUUUUACGACGCAAAUGACCGUCCAAUUGAGCCUCCUAGUGACUCGCUUGAUGAUAAAUUUACCUUGCGAGAAGAUGAAAUUCCGGAUGAUAGUUUUGAGACUACACCUGAACCACAAACAGAUUUUAGUUUACCACGUGAACUUCCAAAUCAGCCUCAAAAUCUGGAAAGCUCUAUUAACAAUUCGCAGCAGGACGCAGAUCCGCAAGAUGUUCAAACUCGGACUUCAGCUCACGAACAAAGCGAUAGUGAAAUAUAUCAAAUUGAGAAAAUUUUGAAAACGCGCUUGCGCAACGGCAAAAAGCAAUAUCUUGUGAAAUGGCUAGGUUUUCCAAGCGAACAAAAUUCAUGGGUCGCGGAAUCAGAUAUGGUAACACCAGAGGCCGAAUUGACACAGCCUCCGAUUAAUUCUUUGUCUACCAGAGCAAAAACGGAAGGUUCAAAAUCAACUCAGUCCUUGCCAAAACUUUCACAAAAUUGUCAGGCAAAGCAAGUGUCACAUAUUUUCAGUUGGAUCUACUUGCUCAUGGGUAUGCGGCUGGUUUUAAUAACAUGUACCGUAUUUCCAUAGGAUCUGCCGCUUCAAUAAAUAUUGGCCCUCUUUAUGAUUGUUCACGCGUAUAUCAUACGGCUCUGUACAAAUUUUCAGACCACUCACAGUGUGAACAUAAAAUGCAUCUUAGUAAAUCUAAAGUUCAAUAUUUUAAUGCAGAUGUUUUACAGUAUUCCCCACGUAGUUCUCAUCUUACAAUUUAUCACUGUACCGCGGAAUGCUGAUUGAGAAUGACAUGUCAUGAAACCUUUUUUGGACAUAAAAGUAAACAUCAUUCCUUACACACUAUAUCUGUGUCAGUUCACGAUUGUAAGGAAGCUAUGCUUCAUCAUCGCACUCGUUAUGGUAGACUAAAAAAACAUAGUCGUGCGGAAUGGCGAACACACACACCUGAUAGUUACAGUUGCAAGUGGAUGCAUAUUAAGACACGCACUUAUACGCAUUUUAAGAUAAUCGCAUAUCCUGCACGUUUGCAUGGCAAAAACCCGCGUGUUCAGCAGCAUUUAACUCACACACAUUAUCGGUACUCGACAAUGCAUUGCACUCCACGUGAAAUGAAACAUUCAAAAAUAGUCUGGCACCGCAUUAAACAUGAUACACGUCUUUAUCAUUCUCUUGGGAAGUUUAAAGUGCAUCAGAUUGACAAUUACAUUUUGGUCCCUUCAUUGAGCAUUAGCGGUACAAUAGUUUCAACCCGGGAACACUCAGCUGUUUGAUCUUAGAUAGUGGUUAUGUUUUUGUACGUUUGGCAUGGAAAAGUGGCACAUUAGGACAGGUUGAGCAUGAUAUCAAUAAGUUGCUGCAAGUUCCGUAUAUUUUUAAUCGGAAAAACGCAAAGGAUAUAGAAGACAGUACCUUUCAGCGAUAUCUGAUAGUUACGGAUCUACUAGUUACUCACGUCGCUGCUUUGAUAGAACAUGAACGUAUUAACAUGAUAAAUACUUGGGAAAAUAUUUGUCGAGAGCGCCAACAGAUGUCGCGAGUUUAUAAAUGGGCAAUUGAAAAUUUUCCACAUAGUAGUUCUAAAUGGUUAGUCCAAUCUCCUGGACAUGUCGUUCGACCAAAAUUAAUGGUAACGCGUAUUUACUUAGCCUCCUGCGCAGACGUUGUUAGUGGCCCGAGGCCUCACCUAAGUCUGCUCACAUUCGCUAUGCAUUUGACUUCCCAUUGUUUAGAACAGCCAAUAGAAUUUUAUGUAAACAAUGUAAUUUCCCGCCCACAACAUGUCAAAUGUCAUACGGGAAAACCCAGCAAGCUGUCAAUUUCCUAUUGUAGCAAUUUACACUAUUUUUGUAUUACAAAUUACAACUGCGUGAUGUACAUAUAAUAUGAACACUGAAACAAAGGAAAAAAGUAUUGUAAAUAGUUGCUUCACAUGCAAGGGUGAAGAAAUAGAUAAAAAUAAACGUACGAGACUGUUUGGUAAAAGCAAAACUCACGAUUUCGUGGGUAUCCUUCGCGAAACUGCGAAAAUCGACUUAGACAUUUACAGUGACAAAUGUGGGCCGACUUCAUUCUUGUGUCGUAACUGUGUAAAUAAAUUAAAGCGUCUGGACGAAGCUAACAAGUCCGUAAGUGAGUUGAAUAAGUACUUUCGAAAUUUAUUUAAUGGAAGGGAACUGACACAGAAUAACGAGCCAAAGUGAAGAUUGCAUGACACUAGUUUCGAAGUCACAGAGAUAACAAGAAAGUCUCUAAAAUUUGAUGAACAAGAUGACCCCUUACUGGACUCGGACAGUGCAAGUGGCAUUGAACAGAAAGACGUUACUUUGAUUGUCACACAGCCUUUUAUUCCCACCGCCACCGUUCAACCAGGACAAGCGUCACAAGCCUUAACGAGCAAUAUUGAUUUGUGCCCGAUAUUUAUGUCCACGCCUAAGAAAGCGCCAGUGAACAAAAAAACUGAUGAGAGCAGGGUUACUAUCUCUGUAAAGUAUCCUUCAAAGGUGAAAAAUAAAAACAUUGUAGGAGACUUUGCCAAAAUUAACUUUCAACUUUAAAAAUAUUGCAGAUUUGUUGAUAAUGGCCUUCCAUUAAUCUUGCCGUGUGUUGGGUUUUCCAUGUGAAGGUCAUUGAAGGUCGAUCUUCCAAUUAUCGUGUAGAUAAUUGUGAUUGGUCAAUUGCCGGGAAGUCAAAUGCAUAGCGAAUGUGAGCAGACGUUAGGUGAGGCCUCGGGCCACUAACAACGUCUGCGCAGGAGGCUAGUAUUUACUUAGCCAAUGUUUCAAUGUUACUAACUAUAGCGUGUUUUGGAAUAGAACUUAUAAUAACACAUGUUACUCACAAUUUCCAGUAUAUGUUAUUUCACAACAACAGAUAAAAUUUUUAUCACUUACCGAACGUAGACUUCAGAGUCGCGCGUCCUCAAUUCCGUGUGCUGAUAUUCCAACAACAACAUACAUCGCUGAUCAAUCGGGAGACUUGUGGUUAGUAGAUCAAAAUGGUACAGCAACUCCGGUAAAUUAUUCAAAGAUUUUCCUGCCGGCCUUUUCAAAUUCCAUUUUACGGCUGGGCACUUUGAACACACAUUUGCUACAGUCCAUUUCUGAGCCAUUUGAAACAUUCUCGCUUUUGGAUGUACUUGCGCGCGCACAGGAGACCUUGGAACAAUUAGAGAACAUUCGUGCGGCGGACGAAGACAAUAAUGUUGCGCUAGGUAUAGGAAAAAUUAUAGGCAUUACAUUAUCCGGCCUAUCUUCAGGCGGAAGCCAUAUUAUAAAAGCAGUAGGUACGGCACUGCAUGGCGGUUUGACUGGCCUCGGAAAUUUAGAUGAAAAAGUCGUCACAAGUUUAGGAAAAGCCACAGGAAACAUUAUACACUCGUCUGGACGCGCUUUUGAGCAUGUUUCCCGAGGUGCAGGAGGAUUUUUCCACGAUGUAUUGGGAGGUUUAAGUGGUUCCUUGCUCCGGGGCGCACUCCUAAUCUUGACAUUAUUUUGUAUAUACCAAUACAUACGUAACCAACGUAACUGCUGUCAGCAGCCUGACACACUAUCUGACAUAAGCACAGACGAUAUAGAUGACGAUCAAGUUGAGUUACAAGACAUGACUGAACAGGAGGAAUGUGUAGAUUGUGGUUUACCCCGCUGCCCAUCCAUUUCUCACCAGUUACCCCAGGCAUCGUCAGUUUAAGAAGGCAAGCAGUUUCGCCUCUGCCUUCAUGUAUAUAAAGUUCUUCUUUUCGUCUAUAUUGUGUUACGUUCAUUAACCUAUAUUAUUAUUGUAGAUUACCCCUGAGGUGCAUUUAGGCAUAAGUAUUAUAUUUCUUGUAUAAUCUCUUAUGUAGUGUUAACAUAUACAAUUAGUCAUUAACGCGUACUAUAUGUAUGGACUCAGUUAUUAGGCAUUUAGUAAUAUGCCCGUGUUAAGCCACGCCGAGCUUAAAACAAUAUGAACAAUAUAUAGUCAUUUUUUUGUAUAUCUCAAAAGCUGAGGGCCGCUUAAUCCAGGCGGGAAGGAUUGUUACGAAAGUAUUAAAAAUGGUAUAAAAAUAGUUCAAUUUGCACCCCAGGUAAUUAUAGAUACUUGUUACGUCAAAUGGAGAGAUAAUGAGCAUUUUUGCUGUAAAACUCAUAUAAAGUAUAUAUCAUUUCGGACUUUGUGUUUACAUAAUUCAAAGUUCAAGGCUGGUUCUUCUUUGACAUGAAAAUGUGCAUGCUUAGGGCCUUUCUGUCAAUCAUUCUUCGGUAUAUUUCGCGCGGUUGAGUAAUGAUAACAUUACCUCAUCAAAAUCUUGGUUCAAUAAAAUUGUAAGUAAAUUUAGUUUAGUAGGUAAAGUAAGGUUCACAUAGGUAUAGGUUGAAGUUUUUACUAUGAUAUUUUGAUGAGUAUUUUAAGUUGUGAACAUGUUUUAAUGAUGAUCGAUUGAACAGCGAACCAACUCGACCAGUGCGACAACGCCUUAAAUAAACAGAAUGUGAGAGCUGGAACGAGCUAGCAACGCCAACCCACACAAUUAAACCUCAACGUUGAUUGGCUGGAUACAAAUCACACCACUUGCUACAUCACGUGUAGAAAGAUCCCUCAACCGUUAGUAUAAAAGGGCGCGCACAACCCAAAUUCGUCAGUGGACGUAUGCUGAAUAAAACUUAACUGAUGAAAAGCUGCAGAAACUCAAACGAAACAAACGAACGAGGAAGAAAUAAACGAAACAGAUCACGAACAGUGAAAGCCAGUUGAAGGCUGAAGUGAACUCUUGGAAAACUACUGCAAGGAGACGAACACUAAAAACUGAUAGUUACUAGAAAAGACUGAUUGUAAACGAUUCCCUACCUCGCGUAGAAAAAAGAAAUAAAAUAUAUAUUUCUAACAGUAUGAUUACAAUGAAUUCUAAAUGGUAGUAAGGCAAAUAUACGCAUUUGUAGUUGGAAGUGUUUAUCAUUUGUAAUGAUGCAAAAUAAUAUAUAAUAAAUUUAAUGCCCAACUCAUUUUACUCUUCCAUUAAGCCAAGUCAAAUUAAAUACUCCAUCUCCCUUUUUUUAGCCAAAGCAUUCAUCCGCCUGCAAUGGUAUUCCCGGAAUACCUAGCGUUCCUGGUUCGCCCGGAACACAUGGAAUACCUGGCGCAAAGGGGGACGUGGGUUCUACAGGUGCUGUUGGGGCUAAAGGUGCUCCUGAGCAAAGAGGAUCAGCAGGAUCAGACAGUGGUUUGUACUCUAACUGGAAGCAAUGUGCUUGGAAUCGGAGAGAUCUCAAAGAUAACGGAUUAAUACAGGUUUGUUAAAAUUGGGUAUGAACUACCAUAAAUAAAUUAAACCACCGGCCCUCAACCGUUUAGUGUUUUGGGUAUAGAGAGUAAAUACAACUAAGAUGUUUGGAUUGGAUGAAUUAAAGCUGAUAAAUAUUUACCUUAAUUUCCUCCCUAUUCCAUUCAAAAUUUGAUAGUAGAAUUCAAGCCUUGAAAAUAUUUUUAUUGAUUCUGAUAUUUUCCGUCAAGGAUUGUGUGUUCAGCAAGAAACAUAGUGAUUCAUCUCUGAAAAUCUUCUAUGGCGGUAAUUUACGUAUAGCCAGCUGUAACAAUUGUUGCAAACGUUGGUAUUUCACUUUCAAUGGAGGGGAAUGCAAUAAACCAUUAGCUAUUGAUGGUGUUUUUUACAUGGCAAAAGGCUCAGGACAGAAUAUUCAUCGUCACCGUCAUAUCGAAGGUUACUGCAAUAAAAUUCCCAAAGGUAUUGUCCGCGUUGGUUUCUGGGUGGGAAAUUGUAAGGGUUAUGGAAAUGCUGAUGGCGACUCUGGUUGGAACUCCAUAUCGCGUAUUGUGAUUGAAGAAGUUCCACCACCACAAAAAUGACUGACAAACCUCGAUGCUGCAAAAUGAUGUGGAAUUCAUUUACUACCGUUUUGAUUUGGAACUAUAAAGAAUAAUUGACUUCUAUUGUUAUUAUAUAGUGAAUAUAGUCGUUGAAUGUCAUUAACUUAAAUAGUAAUUCUCAGUCAUAUAUGACUACAUGUAAUGGACAUUGUAUUGAAUUAGAUACC